CAGAUCCGACGAUGGCUUCAAUCAAUAGUUGAUCGAUUAACAAAGGAUUGGAAGCCGGCACUGUGCCAGUCGUUAUUCACUGAAGCUGAACUCAUUGAAUUGUGCUAUCGGGCAAGAGAGACAUUUUGGAGUCAAAAAACUAUGAUUGAGGUAAGUUCUCCAGUCCAAAUAUGUGGUGACAUUCAUGGGCAAUAUGAAGAUCUCCUUGCACUUUUCCAUCUCAAUGGAUUCCCACCAACGAAAAGAUAUUUGUUUCUCGGAGAUUAUGUCGAUCGAGGCCCUUACUCUCUUGAAGUUAUAGUGCUGUACUCGGCAACUUUAUAUGAGUGCUUUCAAUACGCCUUUUACACAAUGCCGUUUUGUGCUCGUGUCGAAAAGCGAAUUCUCUGCAUGCAUGGCGGCAUCAGUGAAGAGUUGAUGGACUUCAAGCAGCUUGAAAAGAUUGAACGGCCGUGUGACAUACCAGAUAUCGGAGUGAUUGCUGAUCUAACAUGGGCCGACCCAGAUCCCAACAUAUCUGGAUUCGAAGAGUCACCUCGAGGAGCAGCACGUAUAUUUGGCGCAGAUGCGCUGAAGAAUUUCUGUAAGCUGCAUGGACUCGACCUCGUCGUUAGAGCUCAUCAGGUCGUGCAGGAUGGUUAUGAGUUUUUCGCUGAUCGACACUUGGUUACGAUAGUUUUCGCACCGCACACUACUGCGGACCAGUUCGAUAAUACAUGUCCGCUGUUGAAUCCUCGUCAACAAGGAGCU